UGCGUGCGUGCGUGCGUGUCAAUUUCAGUGAGUGUGAAUAAAGAGACGGACACAAAGAAGAAUUGACGAGUAGAAGAGGAAGGAAAACGGAGGUAGCAAUAAGUAGAAGACCUUUGAAGUUGAUUAGUGCACGAAUCCGCUAGAUUCGAGAUUUCUACAAAUUUCUAAAACGAACAAAGGAAAUAAUUUGCUGGUAAUUGCGUGAGGUCAAACAGUAAACUGAAGUUCAGCAACAAGGCAAUCGGUGUUUUUUUCCUCAGUUGAAACUUCAAUUUAUUGUAUGAGUCAAAAAAUUGAAAGACCAGUACUAUCAGGUCAGCGCAUCAAGACCAGAAAAAGAGAUGAAAGAGAGAAAUAUGACCCAACGGGAUUCCGUGAUGCGGUCAUUGCUGGUCUCGAAAAAACUGAAGGUGACUUGGAACAAAUCUCUAAAUAUCUAGACAGCGCUGGUAACAAACUUGAUUAUCGUCGCUACGGCGAAGUACUAUUUGAUAUAUUAAUUGCCGGUGGUCUCUUAGUUCCGGGAGGAUCAAUCUCUCAGGAUGGCGAGAAGCCCCGCACAAGUUAUUGCAUAUUCGAAGCAAACGAAGACAUCGAGACGAUGCGUAACCAUGAGCAGGUAUUCCUCAAGCUCAUGCGCCGAUAUAAGUACUUGGAGAAGAUGUUCGAAGAGGAAAUGAAGAAGGUGUUAGUCUUCAUUAAAGGUUUUACACCAAGUGAACGUACCAAACUUGCGCGUAUGACAACGCUCUGGAUAAUUAAUAAUUCUGUGCCCCCGAGUGUGCUGUUGGUAUUGAACAACGAGCAUUUGAUUAAAGAUGGUAUUGCUCUCGACUUCCUUAUCGAGGUAUUUGUCGCUUUCAAAAUAGAAAAGGGCAUGGCGUAUCUGAUUCAAGCUCUUAAAAAGGGUGGACUCGAAAGCAAACUAAUGGACUUUUUCCCACCAAACAAACGUACUGAAGAAUAUUUGAAACAAGUUUUUCUUGAAAAAGAUUUAACUGAAAUCAUAAAAUUACACAAAGCGCAGGCGAGUCAAGAGGCCAAGCGUGAACUGCAGCAAACGCUAAUCGAUGAUAUACAUGACGAGAAGCCACACACAGAAAUCACAGCCGAUAUUAAAGAAUUUGCACAGCGCAAUAACAUUCCCGAUCAUGAGAUUAUAAUCAUUAUUUGGUCGACUAUAAUGUCACUCGGUGAAUGGAACAAGAAGGAAGAGUUGGUCACCGAUCAGGCAGUGCGCCAUCUCAAAGCCUAUUGUCCAUUGUUGCAGGCUUUUGCCUCCACCGAACGCUCUGAGUUGGCUUUGAUACUGAAGGUACAGGAAUUCUGUUAUGAAAACAUGAAUUUCAUGAAAGCCUUCCAGAAAAUCAUAUUACUAUUCUACAAAACUGAAGUAUUAUCAGAGGAGAGCAUACUCCGAUGGUACAAAGAUGCUCACUCCAGCAAAGGUAAAAUGCAUUUCCUCGAACAAAUGCGCAAGUUUGUUGAAUGGCUGCAAUCAGCUGAAGAAGAAUCUGAGUCCGAAGAUGAACAAAAGGCACAAAGUAAUGGCGAAUAACAUAAUGAUGCUGGCAUUUUAGAUUGGCUAGGGGCGUAGAAGACCAACAAAAUCUAUAACGUUGCAUGGAUAUUGUUUAUCCUCCUUAGUUUAAUACUAGUUAAGAUGAAGAUGAAAAGUAAAAAAUCAACGUAACGCGACGCAACCGCAACCACAUCCACCAAUUCUCCAACUACUAUAGAACAACUACAUACGUACGUUAGCGACGAUGACAUUAUAACUGGCAGAUAACUAAAUGAAUUCAUUAUAUAUAUAUAUAUAUAUUCUACACAUCUAACAUCAAAUAUAUAUAUACAUACGUACAUAAAAUAUAAUAAAAAAUCGAUCAUU